ACUCGAGACUGAUUAACUCUGUAGUUUGGAGCAGUCUCCCUUCUCUCUCUAUCAAGCUUCAGAAAAGCCAUGGCGUUUAGGGUUCGGAACCCUAAUUCUCUCUCCCUUCUCCUUCUUGUCUCUCUCCUCUCGAUCGCCUCCGCCAAAGUCUUCUUCGAAGAGCGCUUCGCUGAUGGAUGGGAGAACAGGUGGGUUAAAUCUGACUGGAAGAAAGAUGAGAACAUGGCUGGAGAGUGGAACUACACCUCUGGUAAAUGGAAUGGUGACCCUAACGACAAAGGUAUCCAAACAAGUGAAGACUACAGGUUCUACGCAAUUUCAGCUGAGUUCCCUGAAUUCAGUAACAAGGAUAAUACAUUAGUGUUCCAAUUUUCUGUCAAGCAUGAACAGAAGCUUGACUGUGGUGGUGGGUACAUGAAGUUACUCAGUGGUGAAGUAGAUCAGAAGAAAUUUGGUGGUGAUACCCCAUACAGUAUCAUGUUUGGACCAGAUAUCUGUGGCUACAGCACCAAGAAAGUCCAUGCAAUUCUAACAUACAAUGGAACUAAUCAUUUGAUCAAGAAGGAUGUUCCUUGCGAGACUGACCAGCUUACUCAUGUUUAUACAUUUAUCCUCCGACCAGACGCUACCUACAGCAUCCUUAUUGACAAUGUAGAGAAACAAACUGGUAGUCUCUAUAGCGAUUGGAAUCUUCUUCCUCCCAAAACAAUCAAGGAUCCAGAUGCUAAGAAACCUGAAGAUUGGGAUGACAAGGAGUAUAUUCCUGAUCCUGAAGAUAAGAAGCCAGAGGGUUAUGAUGACAUUCCAAAAGAGAUUCCAGAUCCUGAUGCCAAGAAGCCUGAAGAUUGGGAUGAUGAGGAAGACGGUGAAUGGACAGCACCAACCAUUGCCAACCCUGAAUACAAGGGCCCAUGGAAGCCAAAGAAAAUUAAGAACCCCAACUACCAGGGAAAGUGGAAGGCACCACUGAUUGACAAUCCAGAUUUCAAGGAUGACCCAGAUCUCUAUGUUUUCCCUAAUUUGCAUUAUGUGGGAAUUGAGUUGUGGCAGGUGAAAUCUGGCACCCUGUUUGACAAUAUCUUGAUCGCUGAUGACCCCGAAUAUGCGAAGCAGUUGGUGGAAGAAACAUGGGCCAAGCACAAAGAUGCUGAGAAGGCUGCAUUUGAUGAGGCAGAGAAGAAGAGAGAAGCAGAGGAGUCGAAGGAUGAUCCAGCUGAUUCUGAUGCUGAUGAUGAAGAUGAAGGUGAUGCCGAGGAUGCAGGAGAAGAAUCUGAUGCUGAGUCCAAACUAGAGUCUGAAGACAGUGAUGACGCCAAGGAAGCUGACAAACAUGAUGAACUGUAGAAGAGAGUUCCAGAGAUAAAGCUUGGAUGUCAAUCGCUCCAAAAAUUUUUUUUUCCUUUUUAUUAUUUUUACCUGUAGGAAUUUUCUCUUAGUGAAGAAACUCCUUUAGCUAUUUGAGAAAUCAGAACAAUGAUGAAAUGUGUGUUUUUUAUCAUCACAAUUAAGAAAUAGUUGGGAACUUUUGAGCUUCAAAUGUUAACUAUAAUUAUCCGAAAUUGCCUUUUAGAUUUUUGUUGA